UUUACAAAUUCCCAGAUAUAUAAUUCCAAGGUUCCACUUCAUCAUUCAAGUCAAUACCUAUGUUUUCCUUUCUCCUUUCCCUGUGGUGGAUUAAGUAAGAAAAAUUUAGCUAUUAUUAUUGUUACUGGUGUUUUUGGUGCUGCUGCUUCUAUGUUGUUGGGUUUUGGGGCUUGGUAUUGGUAUUUUACGAAGGCGGGGAAGAGAAGGAGGAAGAUGGGUUAUGGGUUAGGGAGAGAUGAUUCGGAUAGGUGGGCUGAGAAGUUGAGGGCUCAUAGGCUUACUCAGGUUAUGUUGUUUCAGAAACCGCUUGUGAAGGUUAAGUUAGCGGACUUGUUGGCUGCCACGAAUAAUUUUAGUAUGAAGAGUGUGAUAAACUCGACUAGGACAGGGACUACAUUUAGAGCUGUUUUACGUGAUGGUUCUGCGCUUGCUAUUAAACGGCUUAAGACUUGCAAGCUGAGUGAGAAGCAGUUUCGGAUGGAGAUGAAUAGGUUAGGACAGGUUAGGCAUCCUAAUUUGGUGCCACUUUUGGGGUUUUGUGUUGUUGAAGAGGAAAAACUCUUGGUUUAUAAGCACCUUUUAAAUGGUACUUUGUAUUCAUUCUUGAAUGGGAACGCAAGUGUGUUGGAUUGGCCGACUAGGUUUAGGAUUGGUUUGGGAGCUGCGAGGGGCCUUGCUUGGCUACAUCAUGGUUGCAAUCCGCCAAUCUUGCACCAAAACAUAUGUUCUAAUGUUAUUUUCCUUGACGAAGAUUUUGAUGCUAGAAUAAUGGAUUUUGGGUUGGCGAGGCUGAUGACUCCUUCAGACGCGAAAGAGACUAGUUUUGUGAAUGGGGAGUUGGGUGAGUUUGGGUAUGUUGCUCCGGAGUACUCGAGCACAAUGGUGGCUUCGCUGAAAGGGGAUGUUUACAGCUUCGGAGUUAUGCUUUUGGAGUUGGCUACUGGGCAAAGACCUCUAGAAAUCACUACUGCUGACAAAGGUUUUAAGGGAAAUUUGGUUGACUGGGUAAAUCAGCUCUCUGUUUCUGGUUGGAUUAAAGAUGCAAUUGAUAAGCACAUAUGUGGGAAGGGCCAUGAUGAAGAGGUUGUGCAAUUCCUAAAAAUUGCUUCCAAUUGUGUAAUUUCUCGGCCCAAGGAGAGAUGGUCUAUGUAUCAAGUUUAUGAAUCACUAAAGAGCAUGGCUGAGGAACGAGGUUUCUCUGAACAGUUUGACGAAUUUCCCUUACUAUUUAACAAACAAGAUAUUAGCAGUCCCAUUUGAUGCAUGAAUGGAAAAGCAUUACGAAAUGUUUCACAUUUGGUGAACACAACUACAUCCUAUGGUAAGUUCUUCACUUCCCUUAGGUGCAAGUGGAAUCAGGAACGAUACAUAUGGUUCUGUAAAGGACUACCACGAAUAUUGCUGCAUUAUACUGUGAAAUCACAAAUCAUUUUGUAAGUCUUCUGCUUGAAAAAUAUUGUAGAGAUAGCAAGUGUUAUUGGUU